GCGGGUCCCUCGCCCGCCAGCGCCGGUCUGACCUGGAGGCUCAGGGAGGAGCCGGGCGUCGCUUUCUUGGAGAAAGGAGAGUUCUCCUCCCUGGCGGGAGUUGCUGGAAGCGUUUAGGGGGCGUAUUGGGAGGCGGCCGCUGGCCAAUGAUCAGGAGCGCUGCUCUCAGCUGGCAGGCAUUUAAAUGGGAGACAGCGCGGUGCGCCUGCAAUUCGGAAGCGGGGCCCGAGCUUUCCUUGCCUCUCCUCCCGAUGGGCUCGAGGGACUGGGAGCAGAGCAGCAGCAGCAGCAGGAGCAGCCCGAGCCGUCACCCCGCGCACUGAAGCGCCCCACGCCGGAAAGGAGCCGCGGAGCAGGACUCGCUCUCCGCCCACGCGCAGGAUGAGUCGCACAGUUUCUACAGUUGGGGUCCUCCUUCUGUGUGGACUUCUGCUACCCACUGCAGAGGGGAGCAAGAGGAACCGUGGAGCCCAGGGCGCCAUCCCCCCGCCUGACAAGGAUAAGCCCAAUGAUUCAGAACAGCCGCAGCAGUCGCCACCGCAGCAGUCAGGCGCCAGGAUCCGUGGCAAGGACAGGAUCAAGCCUCCAUCUGCUGAAGAGGUGCUGGAGUCGAGCCAAGAGGCGCUGCACGUCACUGAGCGGCAAUACCUGAAGCGGGACUGGUGCAAGACACAUUCCCUGAAGCAAACCAUCCACGAGGAAGGCUGCCACAGCCACACCAUUAUCAACAAGUUCUGUUACGGGCAGUGCAAUUCCUUCUACAUCCCCAGGCAUAUCCACAGAGAGGAAGGCUCCUUCCAGUCCUGUUCCUUUUGCAAACCUAAGAAACUCACCACCAUGUCUGUCACACUGAACUGCCCGGAGCUUCAGCCCCCGAGGAAGAAAAAGAGGAUCACGCGAGUUAAAGAAUGUCGCUGUAUAUCCAUAGACUUGGAUUAGGAGGCACCGUGAUGGGUGUUCCAGUUGUUGCCCUUGACUACAGACGCCCGAAACCCAAUCUGUCUGAAUGGGACACAAACAAUAGAGAAUUGCAACAAAAACAAUGUAUGUGUAUCUGCGUGCAAGUGUGAAUGCCAAUACAUCAAUUACAAAAGCAUGCAUAUGGAAUAGCACCACUACUUGGAGUGCAAGU